GCAGUCGAAAAUGGCCGCCGAGCGCCGCGCGACUACGUCGCCGUCCUCGUCCCACGUCGCUGCUGGUCCGCACGACUGCUGCUUUGCGAUCUGCGGCUGCGAGCUGCAGUAGCCCCUCCCGCUGUGUAGUAGCUCUAGGAGACGCGCCGCGCACUUUUCGUCUCCGCCUCAGCGCGAGACGACAGCCACCUAACCUCAAAAAACGCAGCUAGUGCUAUCAGCUCUCUAUCCUUUCCGCGUGUGUGUACAUAUAUAUCCCGAGCUAUCUGCAGGAGAGAGUGUAUGUAGAGUAUAUGUGUCUGUGUGCAGUGCACCGAGGGAAGAGAGAUUAUUGCAACGUACGGAGCCGAGAGUUCUCUCUCGCUCUCUAGCUCGCGGGAGUGUGCGAAAAUUACGCGGAGGAUUGUCGCCUCGCGUGCGCUGUUGCUGGGAUCUCUGCAGCUCCCCGUGUCCAGGAGUUCGGGAGGCGAGUGCGGUCUGCGACAGGACGCAGCAGAUUCCUGGACAGCAGUACAGACAUGGGAUUAGGACCGAAGGCCAUCAUCCCGACAACAGGUGCACCCACGAGGAUGAGCCAGCAGCCUCUCUGAGCGCGAGAAUCGAGUGACGACCGGUCGGUCAAGAUGCGGGAGAGGUCAGGCAGGAUCCCCGGCUGGCCCGCAGAAUUGGGGAUCUGAAAGACGUCAGCUCGACGAUGGCAACGUCGUGCUCACCUUGACAGACUCGCAUUCACGCACUCGUAUUUUACGUUCAGUCUCCCGCGCCCCCAGCUGAUUACCCUGGAGCAGCUGGCAUUUUUUUAGUUAGGUUUAGACGGCAGGUUCUUACUGCUUCCGUUGUUGUUGUUGUUGUUGUUGUCCUCGUUGAAGAGGAUUAGGACGUGUAGUAGAGAAUAGGAAAGAAAAAUGUCGUUCCUGUCGAAUCUGAAGAAGGCGUUCCACUUCGGUGGCAACGACGCCAAGAAGAAGAAGCUCUACAACAACAUCAAGAUGGACGUCAAUCCCGAGGAGUUCUGGGAUAUGAUCGGGGAACUCGGCGACGGUGCCUUCGGAAAGGUCUACAAGGCUCAGCACAAAACAACGCAUCAGCUGGCUGCUGCGAAAAUGUGCGCGCUCGAGGGCGAGGACGACCUCAGCGACUUUAUGAUCGAGAUCGAUAUACUUUCCGACUUCAAGCAUCCCAACGUAGUCGAGCUUCACGAGGCGUACUUCAUCGAGGGCAAAUUAUGGAUGCUGAUCGAGUACUGCGACGGCGGCGCCGUGGAUUCGAUAAUGGUCGAGCUGGAGAAGGCGCUGACGGAGCCACAGAUAGCCUACGUCUGUCAGCACAUGACCAAGGGCCUUGCCUUCCUUCACAAGUCCAAAGUCAUACACAGGGACUUGAAGGCUGGCAACGUUCUUCUGACCAUGGCCGGUGGCGUUAAGAUAGCGGACUUUGGUGUAUCUGCGAAAAACAAGUAUACACUGCAAAAGCACGACACGUUCAUCGGUACUCCCUACUGGAUGGCUCCAGAGGUCGUUCUGUGCGAGACGUUUAGGGAUAAUCCUUAUGACUUCAAGGUGGACAUCUGGUCGCUGGGAAUCACCCUGAUCGAGUUCGCGCAGAUGGAGCCGCCGAAUCACGAGAUGUCGCCGAUGCGGGUGCUGCUCAAAAUUCAAAAGAGCGACCCGCCGAAACUCGAACAGCCGAGUCGCUGGAGCAAGGAUUUCAACGACUUCAUCGCCAAGGCUCUGAUCAAGGACCCACAGGCACGACCUACCGCCGACGAGCUACUCAAGCACCCGUUUAUCAGCCGGAAUCUCGACUCUAAACCCAUAAGGGAUCUGCUGCUCGAGUACAAAGCCGAUGUGGUCGAGGAAGAGCUCGUCGACGAUGAAGCUGAGAAGGCCAAAAAGGCGAAAAAGCACAGAGAACAGUAUCAGCGGAUCGGCUGUGCAUGCGGCUCACCCGGGCCUCGCCAGCCCCAUCACCCGUGCGUUUGCCAGGAGCAACGCACGUCACAGCUUCCCCUGGAAUUGGAUCAAAUCGGAGAUGACUCUGCAUCUGUCCGCAGCGAUAAUGACGUCAAAGUUGCAGAGAAAGAAACGAACGUCGCAGUGCCAGCGACGGCAGCGAAGAGAGAGGAGAGCAAUAAGCGAGAAAUUAACAGAGAAGGCGAGAAGGAGGAGCGCAGCAAAAAAUUACGAAAGGCGGAGUCCAAGGAGAAUAUACCCGUGUCGGUGGAGAAGAAACCUGCUCCGAAGCCCCCGGUCGCACCCAGUUUAGCAGCAGCGGCAGCACUCGAGUCGAACGAGCGCCGACUCUCUCGCGAAAAAGGCCCGGCACCUCCACCUCCGACGGCCAACAAACCAGAAGACGCCACUGUCGUCAAACCAAGUGCCAUGGACACGUCGGAUCAACAGCAGAGAUCCAAAAGCGAGGAGAAGGCAGUCAACGGCGAGAGCAAGCAGCGUCGCAGUUCCGAGUCGAAGAAGCCCCCGACGACGCCCGAGAAACCUCAGUCCCAGGACCAGUCAAGGUCCAAGUCUGUUGAGAACAAGCCAAGUUCUGGUAGCACACCAGGAAAACCCGCUGCCACCAGGCAGAUGAGCGUCGAGGAAAAGAGAAAGUCCGCGCCUGUCAAACCUGUAGACAACAUUGACGAGUGGAAAAAGCAGGAUGAAAAGCUCAAACCCGAAAGGAAGUCGUCCCUUGAUCAGACUGUCAAGACCGAAAACCAGCAGCAGCAACCGAGUUUGGCGCAAGUCCAAGCACAGAGUAACCGUCUCAGUCUCGAGCAGAAACGCAAGUCCGUGGAGGAGAAACUAAACGCGGUUCUGGAGAGGCAGCUAUCCCGUGAGAACGAUGUAAAACAUCAGCAACCACAACCGCAGCAGAACGCAGUGAGGAAGCAAUCCUCGCAUGAUCCGUCCGUCUCUCCGCAUCCUGUUAGUCCCAGUCCGCUCAAGUCGAGUGUAUCGACUGGAGAUAUAAAGGCUGCGGCUGCAGCCAGGCGAAGGAGUGCCGAGGAAGAAGCGUUUGAUAAGUGUAGAAGCGAGGGCGGUUCAUCCUCACGCAAUGAUUCGCUCGAGAAUUUCUCGGACGAUUCUGCGGAGAAUAGAGUUGUCGCGGUGAACACCAAGCCGGAAGAUACCGUUGACAGGCCGAAGACCACUACGGGAGCUGCAGUCAACGUUUCUGUUAUUACGUCGACGCCACUGAAGAAUGACGUCGCCAGGAGUGGUAGUGGAGACAAUAUUGUAGUUAUAACGGGAACACCGCAACAACAAGACCUAGAUCAUCGAGCUAAUACUUCGACUCGGGUGCGCAUAACAUCUGAUAGCCCAGAUCUUUCCAAUAGUUUAGCGAGCAACGUAAGCCAGGUGACGGUAGUAACAACCCACCCACCAGUCCUCAUCGAUGCAACCUCGAGUCCGCCCCCACCAAGAAGAGCUUCCUCUGAAGUCGUUAUCGUUGCCAACGAGACUAACAAGACGCAGAUUAAUGAAAGCACGACGGAAGAUGAUGGCUUCACGAGUCUAGAUAGCCUGGAAUACACACCACAAGAACAACCCAUUGUUAUCGGUGACUCUAACAAGAAGAUCGGUAAACGACUGGAUGAAUCUGAGGUUGUAAUAGUUAGUCCAAUCCUUGAUGAAGAAGAGCAACAGCACUUGCAGGACACUAGUCACGUAUCUGUCGUCACUGUUGGCGAUGAGCGCGAGCAGGUAAAGGACUCGUCAGCUCUUGCUGUCGAAGAUGACAGAACACGUAAACUCGUGAAUGGACAAGUGCGACAGUCUCUGGACCAAUCUUCUACGUCACUUAAAGCAACCACCAAACCGAAAGAUUCGCCUGGUAGUGGAAAAUCAUCUACGUCUUCCUCGCGUCAACAACAACAACCAUCUCGUGACAAACGUAUUUCGCCUGACAGCUACGAAGGCUCGAGUUCAGGCUCAACUCGGUCGCAUACGCCGAGCAAGAGCAUUGAUCGCUCAGAUGCGGAGUCUAUCUCUACGACCAUCAGCCAGGAUAGCCGUGGCUCCAAUAAAGAAAAUAAUCAUGUCGGUAACAACAACGCUGUCGCAAACACAAACAACGCAAAUGGUAAUGAAAAUCACAGGACUGAAUCGAGACAAUCUUCUGAAAUCGACGAAGAAGUAGUGCUUCGCAGAAAGCCCGAGUACACGAGGGAGAUGCCUAGGAGAACUAAGGAAGACAUCGAGAGGAUACAGAUGAUGAACCUCAAGAAAAAGACUCGAAAGCGCACGAGGAAGUUUGAGAUUGACGGAGUUGUCGUUACCACGACUACAUCCAAGGUGAUAUACGGCGACGACGAGAACGGCAAAUUCUAUGACGACCAGAUAUUCCGAAAACAAGAGCUGCGCGAGCUGAAGAUGUUGCAGAAAAUGGAACAAAAGCAGUUCCAGGAUUUAUCGCAGAAAGCUCAGUUGAAUAAAGAACAGCUGGAGAAGCGUAACGAGCAAGAACGUCAGAUGCUCGAGCGCACCGCUGAGGCUGACCUUGAUGCGCUCGUGAGGCAGCAACGUCAGCAGCUUGAUCGAGCCGAAGCGCAGCAAGAAGCUGAUCUCAGGCUUGCCUCUAAAAAAAUCAGGGCUGAACAAGAGCGAGAACUCAAGCAAUUCAGAGAGGGACUCAAGCAAGACCUCAGGCUGCUCAAGCAGGAGGUUGACCUGAUGCCGAAGGAAAAGCGCAAGAGUGCGUUUAAAGUACGCAAGGAGAAGCUGGAGCAAGAGCACGAGGAACGAGAAAAACUCUUCUUGGAGAAACUGAAUGAGAGCCAUGAAACGUCGUUACGACGGUUGUCGGAUAGCCAUCGUGAAAAGAUUGCCUUGAUGGAGCGGCAGUUUCUGCAACAGAAGCAACAACUGCUGCGUGCUCGUGAGGCUGCAAUUUGGGAGUUAGAAGAGCGACAGAUUCACGAGCGUCAGCAAUUACUUAAACGGCAAUUGAAGGACAUUUUCUUCCUACAACGUCACCAGAUGCUAAUCAGGCAUGAAAAAGAACUCGAGCAGAUGAAGCGUAUGAAUCAGCGCAAGGAAGAGGAACUCGUCAAGCGACAAACCAUAGAGCGCAGGAAUCUACCCAAACGAAUUCGUAACGAAAUGAAGGCACGCGAAAUGAUGUUCAGGGAGUCGAUGAGGAUCUCAACUCUGGUUUCGGAUCCGGACGCUGAGCGCGAUAAACUUAAGAAGUUCCAGGAGAACGAGAAAAAGAGGUAUCGCGCAGAGCAGCAACGCUUCGAGCUCAAACACGCGCGUCAGCUUGAGGAGAUGCGCGCCUCGAGCGACGCCACGAUCAAAGAACUUGAGCAGCUUCAGAACGAGAAGCGCAAGAUGCUCAUGGAACAUGAGUCAAUAAAACUCAAAGAGCAGGAAGAGACCUACACGAAGGAGUUACGCGAGUGGAAAACGUUACUCAAGCCCCGAAAACAGAACUUAGAGGCGGAGAUGGCGUCCGAGAUGGAGGCACUGGAGUCUCGCUACCGCGGCUACUUACCCUCUCGGCUGAGCGGCUUCUAUCUGACUAGCUACAGCCACUACGAUUUUUCCUUCGGUUCGUCCUCUUCUUCUAAAAGAUCUCCUUCCAUCUCUUCCGACACCCUGAACCGGCGUCGCCUGCAGCAACAGGUGCCAGCGCCUACCCGCUCCACACCAAGUUCACCUUCACCCUUCAGCAUUCCCAGAGUAUCUUUGAGGCUCGGAGGCUCGGAGACAAGCUCCUUGGCCAGUGGCACUCUUCCCCGUCGUUACUCUCCUCCUAAUAACAAUAAACCCGAUCUCCUACCUUCACCACCUCGCAGUUAACCUUGUCAUCCUUCUGUUUGUUACGUACAUUUGUUUGUCGUUCUGACUCGUGACAAAGCUCGCCUCGCUUCCAUCAUUUUUCGUGUGCUUAUAUUUGUAUAUCUGUCAUGAUCAGCUCAGCCUAAAGUUCAAUGUUGAAGAAUUAGCGCUUUCGAGCUGUGUUCGAAACCAAUUACAUUUUUGUUGCUUUCAUCGCGUUAUUUAUCAUAAUUAUUAUAUUAUUUUGUAAUUAUUAUUUAAAUUAAAUAUACGUUGUACAGAAUCACUAUUGUGUGAUUCGAUGCUCAUAGCCAAUUCUGUUAUAACCGCAUUAGGUUCGAGUCAACUUUCUCGAAUAGAGCUAUGUUUUUUUGUUUAGUAUAACGCGAGAAUCUUUAUAUUUUUGUUGAUAGAAAAAAUGCUCCUUCGCGUCAUUAUUAAGUUGUGCUAUAAAAAAAUAUCGUGCUUGGCCUCAUCGGCAGGUGUAACUUGCCGAUCAUUAUUUUUCGUUCCAAUGAAAUUCCAAUUUGAAUUGCGGCGAAACUUUUUGUUUGUAUACGUAAUAAAUGAUUUUCCAUUCUUAUUCACAGAGUUUCGCUGUAGUUCAUGGAACUUCGUGCUCGUGUAGCAAUUAUUAUCAUAUAUCUAACCGCGUAAAACGCUGCCUAAGUUAUAAAAGCAAGUUUAUUUUGUUAUCGAUACCACAGUACAAAAAUCAAAAACAAUAAUGAAAAAUUACAAAAAAAAAAAGAAAUUCAAUAAACAUACAAAUCGCAGAACAACAUAAUUUAACUUUGUUACUUUGUGUCAUUACAUGCAGACGUGCUACGGUCUUAGCUCGCAAGGACCUCGAUAGCUCCUAUAAUGUGGCGACAGGGUAAGCUUUUGCCCGAUGUAAAAAUAAAAAAAAAUCCACGAUGUUAUCCUGUGCCUUAUAAGUUGCAUAUUAAUACGUCCAGGUACAAGCUUCUGUAUUUUGUUCAGUUUGUUCUGCUUUCCCGCUGUACAAAUGAUAAUUUUCCAUUUCUAAAAAUGUAUAAAACAUAAACGGGCAUGUGUCGUUGUUCCAUUCCAUUGUUUAUUGUACGCUGUUGUAGCUUCUCACAUUCUUUCUAUUUUUUGUCGAAGGGUCGAUCACAGAGUACAUCAAAGAUCUAUUCUCACGUCGUUGCAAGUGAUUGAUCGUUCGAGUGUGUGUGUUGUCCUGUGCAUAUAUAAAAAGUGAUUCGUCUCAGUCAUUGUUUCCUACCUAUAGAGCUUAGAUGUACUUAUACAUAUAUUCCAUAGAGAUCCAUUAUUUGUGUUAAGGUGUAAAACAGGGUACUGGAAUAGUCAUAAUAAAAUAUCAAAUAUGUUAUACAUAACACGUUCGUUGGGAUUCAGAGGGCUGAUGGUGAUCAUUAUAAUCGAUUUUCUGUGUUUUGUGUGAAAAAUUAAUGAUCCAAAACAAAUUGAGACAAUUUAUUCCCUCUAUUACGCGAAAAGUGGCGGAACACAUUUAGUCAGACUGGAAUUGAGUUCGACUCUCGUCGCAGAGUCACCCAAAAGGUUAGUCAACAGCCAAUAUCACUCGAUCACCAUUUUUGUCGUGUGCGAAAGAUCUAUCUAUCGAACUAAGGUUAUUUCUUUAGAGCACUGUCGUUCGAAACGAAUCACAAUCAUCGAUGAAAAGAAUGCGUCAAAUCCAUUAAAGAAAUCAUAAUAAAAAAUAUAAAUAAAUGAUGUGAAAAAUCAAAUGCUAAUCUCGAUAAUCGACUGUUGCAGAGGCUAGAAGAACAAUUCAAUAUGCAGAUGGAAGAGCAAGAAGCCGUAUACGGCCCGAGCGCUAUGCCACUGUGCCUGCCGCCGGAUCUGCCCGAUCUGACUCACCACACGGCCAGUUCGACGCGAAGCUCACUGUCCUCUGUGAGCGAGGGUUGAUGGGUCGGCCCACCUCGCCUGCUGUGCUUACCGCCACAUGCCCCGACCUCCUCGCCGUCAAGGACCGACGGACGAGGCUGCGAUGAAGCACUCCUCCUCGAGGCUCUUCGACAAAAGAGAGAGAAUACUGAUUUUUUUGUACCAUAUAUAGUUAAGAGUCUUCCGAACAGUCUGACGAUUUCCAUCUGCCCAAUGGAUACGUAAAGUUUGCGGCGCGAUUACGAUGAGCCUUAACCGUUGUGAGCGAGGAGUUGUAAAGUUACCGCGAUGUCGAACCUACUGAAACUGCAUGAAAAUGUUAGAGCGCGUUGAAGAAUCGAUUUUUAUGUAUUUUUGGUACGUAUAAUAAAAGUGAUUUUACAUCUC